AUGACAAAUCUCCCGACUGUCACUUCAACAGAUAUUCCCAUUGUCAACAGCACUUCGACCACGACCGGCACAACCUCUUAUGCUCCCACCGCAACUGACGUCCCUGCUACCAAUGGGACUACGUCUGCGACUAUGACGCCCACGAGCAUUGCCACGUCACUACCGACAACGUCGAGUACCGCCACGAACGACGAACCUGUGAUCGUGGACACAUCUACGUCCACACCAGGUUCAGUCACUGCAACCACAAACUCUGACUCUCCAACAACUGCUGUGCCGACAACGAGCGACAUUGGGGUGACUAGCAUUCGACCCACUGCCACAUUGUCAUCCUCGGAUGAAAAUAACUGGCUUCCAACAUCCCUUGUUAUCGCGCCCACGACGUUCUCAUAUUCGAUGCCUACAGGAAGACCAGCCGCCACUUCGUCACAGACCCUGCCGAGUACGAUACCCAAGGCUAUAAACCCUGACGGUGAGGAUACCAAAAAAGUGCCGCACGAGAAUACUAUUCUCUGUCAUGCUGGCUUCCGAGACGGGCUCAACUAUGAGUUUGUUGCCCAACAUUCCAACGCGGCCUCUCAGAUCUUCAAAUUCCUCCCGGAAAUCCUCGCCCUGCCGCAGAUCCUUGCCCAGCCGGAAGUCGUUGCCCAGCCGCGACCCCUUGACCUGCCGCGAAUCCUUGACCAGUACAAACCUUUUAUCGAUCAGAUUAGCGUUGUCCGGCUAGUGCCCGCCAAGACGGAAGCUGGCUGGCUACAGACCAUUGCCGAGGUUUACAUCCCCGAAAAAUGGGUUCCGCAGCUACAAACUGAAUUGUCAAUACCCACCAGUGCAAUCUACCACACCGAAAUACUCUGGCUAGACCAGCUCGCAGCCCAGAUAGCUUGGUUAACUCCUUUCACGGGAGACCUGAGUCCUGGCACCUCAAGCGGUGAUGGGGGCUCAAAUUCGGGUUCCGGGAGCCAUGACAACAACAAUAACAACAACAACAACCACAACAACGACGCCUUUGGCUCUGGCAACCAAAGCGACCAGACUUCCAGGCAGAAGGCUACCACUGCCGGCAUUGCCUUUGCAGCCGUUGGUCUCAGUGCAUUGUAUGGUGCUGCCAUGUUCAUCGUCGCUCGACGUUACAAGCGCAAGCGACAGGGUCAUCGCCGAGCCAGUUCCAUCGACAGCGUCCAAGGUCCGCCUGAGAUGAGCCACAAUGGUAGCUCCGCCCUCAUGGGUGGUGCUCUCCUGAGUCAUGAUGUUUCGACUUAUGGUGGCACUGGAGGCCGGAAUUCGCACGCCAGUGGGGGCCACUCCCCACGCACCGCCAACAUCUCGGCCCCUGUCGCCGCAGAGAACUCGCUGGGCUGGAACUAA